UUCCCUUAAGCAAAUUAACCAUAGCUAAAACCAACCAUGCAGAAGCAAGCUAAACUCUUGUUUGGUGUCGUAACACUGUUUGUUUUAUGUUUAGGGGGCAGGGCACAGCUAAACCCUUAUUUUUACGCUCAGUCGUGUCCGAAUCUCUUCCAAGUUGUCCGGAAACAAGUCAUGACUGCCCUCAAAGCCGAGAUUCGAAUGGCCGCUUCCCUCAUUCGCCUCCAUUUCCACGACUGUUUCGUUAACGGUUGCGAUGCAUCGAUAUUGCUUGAUGGAAACAAUGGAGAGAAAUUCGCGAUUCCAAACGUGAAUUCGGCUAGAGGAUAUGAAGUGAUCGAUAGUAUCAAAACCGCUGUUGAAAACGCUUGUCCUGGCGUUGUAUCUUGUGCCGACAUUCUCGCGAUAGCUGCUCGGGACUCGGUCCUAUUGAGUGGAGGGCCUUCAUGGAGAGUGCCGUUGGGAAGAAGAGAUGGAUUGGUCGCAAACCAAAGCAGUGCAAACAAUCUUCCAUCUCCCUUUGAUCCCUUAGAUGUUCUUAUUUCCAAGUUUCAAGCCGUUGGACUUAACAUUACCGACGUUGUUGCUUUAUCAGGAGCACACACAUUCGGACAAGCAAAGUGUGAUCUCUUCAGCAACAGGCUCUUCAACUUCUCCGGCACUGGAGCUCCGGACACAACCCUCGAGACUACAGUGUUGUCCGAUCUACAAAGCUUCUGUCCGGUGGGUGGCAACGGGAACCGCACAACUUCGCUGGAUCGAAACUCGACGGAUCUUUUCGACAACCAUUACUUCAAGAACAUUCUGGAAGGAAAAGGGCUUCUGAGCUCUGAUCAAAUUCUCUUCUCCAGUGACUUAGCCACGAACACAACUAAGAGCCUUGUUGUGGCUUACGGUUCCAACCAAACCUUGUUCUUUAUGGAUUUCACGAGCUCCAUGGUCAGAAUGGGGAAUAUUAUGAAUCCUGUAAAUGAAUCAAAUGGGGAGAUUAGGAAAAAUUGUAGGGUCAUUAAUAACUCGUCUUGAACUUUUUCACGCUAUCUUCUUAAGUUCAUCAAUCGACGUCUUGCAGUUUGAUGGUAUGGUUAGUAGUGUGUAAUAAUAAUAAAAAUAAUAAGAUGGGUGUUUGGGUCUU